GCCUUUGAAAACAACACUGCAAUUGUUCAACCUGCGUAUAGUACUCUCUACACACCAAGGGUUGCCAACUCCAGCUGUGAGCGUCGUUCUUUUUUGUGUCUCCUGGAAUAUUGCAUCUGCAUCUACAUCACUUCUUCACUUGCUAUCAGCUACCUUCGAUGCUCGUGGUCAUCUCACUUUGCAGCGAUGUUUGCGCCUGAUGCGACUGUACGCUCAGCGGUCUCGUCAUUAAGAAAUCCUCGGAGACGGCAAAGGACAAACUCGGAUGACUCUGUAAAGCUCCCGAAAGCCAAAAGGCAGCGAUCGGCUCUCGGAGAAGAUACUUUUGAGCCUCACCCCUUUACGGCGUCGGAGCAAGAGUCUUCUGUCGAUGCUGAUCCAAACGCCUAUAAAGCAGGGUUUGUUGUCCAGAAAGAUCUUGCGCUCAGAGGUCCAAAAAGACCAGAGAAGAGGAGUGAUGCGGAUGGGAUAGUGAUACUUUCUAAAACAGACCACUACACCGUUUCCCAGCUACCUUCGCUUCCCGACCAAUUACGCGUAGCCGACUCAGUUCCUCCAGGGAGCUUCUUCACUGUUGAACAGGGCUAUGCACUGGUCUUAACACCGUCACACGCUAUCAUUUGGCCAUAUGCAGUACCGUCAUCUUCACCUUCGCCUAGUGAUAUCUUUACUCUCACAAUCCCAGAGUCUAGUGGGAGUCCGGCCGGUGCUACCCCAUGUGGAGUCCUCAUACCGAAUGCGACCGUCGCUCCCCCAGGUCUUCUGGUAGUCAUACCUGGAACUGGGAAAAUAAUCUACUGGGAGACAGUUUCGAAUGCAGUAGUCCUGGGUUUAGUGAGGCAGAAACAAAAUGGGAUUCAGACCUCGAUCUCUGGAAUGCUUCCGGGAGAAUAUGCCAAAGAGAUCAUAAAUGCAGAACCUUCUGGGGUUAUUGUCACGUUCUCAUCCGGGAGGGUGGCACACGUUACCCUGAGAGAUCCUCAGGGAAAGGCAGCCUUGACUGUGAAUUUUCUCCGCAGCACUUCCAAGCUCGGCGGCAGUGGAUUUCUCGGAGGGAUCAAAAGUGUUCUCACUGGUGGGCUGUGGAAAAGGGACAUCGCCGCCGCAAGACCCGCUAAAUCAUCGCAACGAGGCCAACGGGAUAUCGUUAUUGCGACUUCCACUGGUAUUUUUGAGAUAUGGGACACCCAUUGGAACAAUGGGAGCACAAUGAAGGCGGAAGUAGACCUCAGGCGUACCAUAUGCGAGGCUACUACGAACACUCUAGAUGCUGGGUUUGAGAACGGUCUUAAAAUCCUGGAUUUUGUCUGCGCGCCUAAACAAGAUGGGUUGGAUCAUGUACCUAACCCGGACACGGAUCCCUCCGUAUCCGUCUUCGCCCUUGUCGUCCAUGCACAGCAACAUGAAGUCCCGACAUUGGCCGUUCUCAAAAUCGAUAUAUCUGGUAACGAUGGACGAGUGGUCUCGGCGCACCAUGUCGAGCCGCGCAAUAUACCACCCCACUUUGGGAAAUCGAAGGCGAAGCUACAUAUUCCGAAGUUGGGAGAUACGGCUUUUAUUGUUUUGGAACGUUCUGUGAUUGUGCUUUCACUCAUUCCAGUUCGAGAAUCACCAUCGUCUCAGUUACUGAUGGAGUCCCGCCAUAUGUCCGGUUAUUUCCAAGACUGCAUUCAACUCAGAGCCGAUAAACAGGAGGAAGUCCUUGGGACCAGUGUUGAAGAGCAAAGCGACAAUCGAGUGUAUCCUGCCUGCUUGGUGAUGCUCCGCGGUUUCGGUAUCAUUCGCAUUGCAGCAUCACCUCAUACUGGAUCAGACAAUGUUCUAGAAAAGGUACAGAUGACUGCGAAAGAUAAGCUUGAACAAGCCAUUUUCUACGGUGCAAUGUCGGAGAACCCUUUGGACUUCCUGAGCGAGAACUGGUUGAACUUUCCAGCAGAGGAGCUUGAAGAAGCCGCAUUGGAUAUCUGCGACGAAUUGUUGCGAUCGACCUCGAGGUUUAUAUCUGCAGCAGCAGUGUCCAUCGAACAGCACUUGAGUGUUCGAGCGAAAGCGCUCGAUGACUUGGUCUUCCAUCUCAUACGGCACGGUGUGCCAUUAUCAAGGCUAACCCGUUGGCAUCUGCUGUGGGCGGCUGAGAAACUAGCUUCCCAAAGAGCUCUUUGGAAAGUGGAAGAGCGGUUCAGGAAAAGCAAGAAUGGGAAACCGACCUAUUUGAAUCGUGUGGUCGAGUUGAUGAAUGAGAAGUUCAAGACCAGGUCCGAAGUAGCGAGUGACAGAAAUGAUAGUGUACGACAUUGGUUCAUAUAUGAUACCUUCCGGAUGGAACACAUCAUUCCAUGGCUCUUCAACGCGAUCAGGGAUCAUAAAGGCGGUGCUUCAAAGCAAGGCCAACAAUUUGCCGAUCAGGUUCUCGAGGCAAGCGAGCUUUCUCUCGCUGCCUUGGAGACCGCUUUCCGUUUCAGAGAAGAACAUUUUGGUGCAUACGGCCUUGGAGAAGAAUCAUUGGAGGAUGGCAUAUUGCUCUCCGGGUAUGAGGAUCUGCCUGAAUUCUGGACCUCACAUGGAAUGGGGUAUAUCGAAACAAGCCAUCUUCUGGAUCUGGAGCUCGAUAGCUGUAGAUCUUGGUUGCAACGACAGGUCUCAAGGGGGGAGCCGACGGACCCCAUGACUGUGGAAAAAGUCGCACAUAAUAGCUUCCGCCAACUUCGCGUAUUUGGUAAGAUGCAUCGUGAACGAGUUCGAUGGCUCUCUGCACAGAGCGACCCGAAAUUGGUUGACGAAAGUAAGAACAUCGAGAACAACCAUAUCAGACAACGAAAAUGGCAGCUUUUCAAAUUGGCUGGAAUCGGCCAGUUGAAGGAAGCUAUGUCUCUGGCUGAAGAGUUUCAGGACAUGAGUGCCCUCGUGGAGCUCAUAGUUGAACUCCAAGAUCAGGCCAAAGCAGACAACCUACGAAAAGGCGAAUCGAGUGAUGAAACACGCAACGAAGGUUUGGAACAGUGUAAACGCAAGAUUACGGAAUAUUUCGAGAGAUUUGGUGGACAUUGGGCAGAUGCGUUCUUCUCUCGGCAGAUAUCUGUUGGACAACCAGGGAUGCUGCUAGCAAUGUCCGAGUAUCGACCUUAUGUUACGCGUUUUCUCCGCAAAGUCCCCGCGUACCGUCGCCUAUCCUGGAUCAACGAUGUUACUGGGGAGACAGACUAUGACACUGCGUCAUCGUCGUUAGAAAAGUUAGCCUUGGAGGAUGAGUCUGACGUUUGGAGCCAACGCGCAGAAUUAUCCAUAGCUAAGCUUUGCCGCCUGGCUGCAUGGGAAAAGAGCGCUAACUUUGACCACUCUGUUGCCCGGGAAGAAAUCAGACGCUUUGAUGCUCGUGCUGAAAUAAAUACGAUUCAAGAGUUAGUGUACGAUCACAUCUCGCCCGCGCUUCACGGCGCCAUUGACCAAAAAGCUGAAAUCGAGUUGGCUGUGGAACACUUUGGAGGCUACCUUGAGAAGGACCGACCAGCUUUUCAUGAAGUUCUUGAGGUCACUCUUGCGAAGGUAGUGGCUCGAGAAGUAUUAAAUGUCGACCAGCUGAUCGAUUUGCUAACUUUGAUGGAUGACGUGCAAUUCCUUGAGGGCGAGCAUGAUGAACUUUCGGGACGGGAGUUUUACUUUGCUCUUCACGCACUCCAGCUGAGCGGAUAUGCUAAAACAGACCCUGAGCUCUAUGACUUUCUGCAAAAACUAAUCUGGCGUCGAUGUAUGAUUCGAGACAAUUGGGAGGCAUUGGGAAAUACAGGGCAGAAACUGGAUAAGGAAGUUGAAGCAGAAGUCUCCAACACUGCUCUAUUUCGAACAUUGACAGAAUGUCUUGCUGAAGAACGCCUGGGUCGUCCAAACAAUGAACCCAUAUGCGGCUUGCAUUCGCCUUCAGAAAUUCUGAAAUGGACGCCGGAUCCCGCCAUCGUUAAGACGAGAUUUCACCCAGACCAAGGAACUCGCAUACUGCGGGAUCUGAGUGUGGAAGCAGAACUCCUGCGUCAGUACGUCGAGAAAGGGAAGCUCGAGCUCUGGUUUAGUGAGCUUCUGGCAUCAGCGAAAUCUGAAGUAUCCAAGAGUACUAUUGAAGAAGACACAGGAAGCAAUCAUGAUCCUUCCAUAACGCCUUCCACUUCAGAGAAGAGGGCGAAACUGAAUUGGCUUUGAUGUCAGGCUUGAGUCUUGGUGCUGAGAGGGUUUUGUCUGUCUUUUUCUCUUCUGCUUUUUGUACUUCAUACGCACUGGGAAGGGGGAGGGUUUGCAAAGGAUCGGAUCUUUUCUCGUGUCGAGCAGUGCUUAGUGGCUCGUUGCAUGCCGGGAUUAUUAAAUCGCUGAAUAGCAGUAGUCAGUUAGCAGUAGACCAUUGGUAAUUGUCCACAGUUUUACAUGGAUGCAACUAUUAGAGUUGGGUAAUGUUAAUAUAGUAGUAUGAUUAAUAAGACAGGAUUAUUAAUUUUUAUAUAGUUGAUUAUUAUAUUGUUAGAAUCUAGACUACGG